UGGUGGUCACACUGUUUGCUGGACGAAUCACACACGUGCAGCGCCAAAACAAGAGUUUUUGGGGCAUUUCAAUAGGAAUUCGAACUUAUAGCCAUGGACCCGCCUAAGGAUGUGAUUGAUAUGGAGGUCGUAGAGCCGGAGGAUGCAGAAAGCGACAUGGAGCCCGAUAGCGAUAACGACGAGAAUGAGGAUGGCACCCCAAAAGCUCCCAAACAGGUUUAUUUGCCGGGCAAAACCUUGGCCGAGGAUGAGGAGCUCGUUUGCGAUGAAAGCGCCUACGUCAUGCUGCAUCAGGCAUCGACGGGAGCGCCAUGCCUCAGCUUCGACAUAGUGCCCGAUGAGCUGGGCGCAAGCCGAGAAAGCUUUCCAAUGACUGCCUACAUUGUAGCCGGCACCCAGGCAGCACGCACACACGUCAACAAUUUGAUUGUGAUGAAGAUGAGCAAUUUACACAAGACACAGGAAGGCGAUGACGAUGACGACGACGAGGAGCUGGAAGACGAUCAGGAUGAUGUGGCGGACAAGAGCGAGCUGAAGAAGCCGCAAAUGACCUGCGCCUUAAUCAAGCAUCAGGGCUGUGUAAAUCGAGUGCGCGCUCGUCGCAUGGGCAACAAUGUUUUUGCUGCCUCUUGGAGCGAAUUGGGACGCGUGAACAUUUGGAGUUUGUCACAGCAACUGCAGGCCGUCGAAGAUGCUCAGCUGCUCAAGCAGUACGAACAGCAAAGCGCCAACAAUGAGACGAAACCGGUUUAUACGUUCAGCGGACAUCAGCAGGAGGGAUUCGCCAUCGAUUGGAGCCCGAGUGCCGAGGGCGUGUUGGCCACAGGCGACUGUCGACGUGAUAUACACAUAUGGAGCCCCCUGGAGGAUGGCACCUGGAAGGUGGAUCAACGGCCACUGGUCGGCCACACGGCCUCGGUCGAAGACCUGCAAUGGAGUCCCAAUGAGCGCAGCGUUCUCGCCUCCUGCUCGGUGGACAAGACCAUACGCAUUUGGGAUUGCCGUGCAGCGCCGCAAAAGGCCUGCAUGCUCACCUGUGAGAAGGCGCACGAGAGCGACAUCAAUGUCAUCUCGUGGAACCAUACGGAACCCUUCAUAGCUAGCGGCGGCGACGAUGGCUUCCUGCACAUCUGGGACUUGCGCCAGUUCAAGAGCCAAAAACCAAUUGCCACAUUCAAGCACCAUACGGAUCACAUAACCACGGUUGAAUGGAAUCCCAGCGAGGCCACCGUGCUCGCCUCCGGCGGCGAUGAUGAUCAGAUUGCGCUCUGGGAUCUAGCUGUGGAAACGGAUGCGGAUCAAGCGUCAGCGCCGGCAGAGAAUCAAGAGGAAAUCAACAAGCUGCCGCCGCAGCUGCUCUUCAUACAUCAAGGCCAAAAGGAGAUCAAAGAGUUGCAUUGGCAUCCCCAGCUGCCGGGCGUGCUGCUCUCCACGGCGCACAGCGGCUUCAAUAUCUUUCGCACGAUCAGCGUGUGAGCAGCUAUAUAUACAUAUAUAUAUGUAUAU